AUGCAUGACGAUGUUGCAGUGAUGAAAGUUCGACUGCAGCAGGAGCUGGAGAGACAGAGGAGGAUCUUUGACGACCUGGAGUUUCAGCAGCUGGAGGCUGAAGCUCGAUUUGAAACUGAGAAAGAACAGACAGGCAAUCGUCUGAUGGCUCAGCAGGCAGAACUCUUACAGAAAUACAGAGAAAGAGAGGAACGACUGCAGCAGAUUGACAUCCAGCAGAAGAAGAUGCUGGGCUCGGUGAAGUCUAGCCUGGAAAACUACAAGCUACAGAGACAGCAGCUGAAUGAGGCAUGCAAGAAGGAAAAAUCUAAAGUGGCCCAUUGUGAUAAGAAAAUUGUGGAGAUCUCUAAAGUUUUAGCAAUUCCUGCCACGGAUGGUAACACUCAUUCAGAUGAUGAGAUGGAGGAUUCCUUAGAAGGUCACUCACCAUUUCACCCCAGAAGCCAUAGAAUUGUUGACAGCAGCGGAACUCCCAUAGAACUCCGGCGACCGUUUGACUUCUCAUUGGACAGUUCUCCGGGCAGUGGCAGCUUUGGACCUGGUAGUGACCCAGAGAGGAAAAAGUCUGCCACUUUGAUGGAAAUUGAAAGAAACCGGUCACUCUUCAUUGAACAACAAG